AUGCUGCUCGAUCUGCUUGCACGAGAACGCCCGCCGCACCCGGAUGUGCUGAUGAUCCCAACACCUCCACUCCAACAGACCGCCCUCUUCAUCGUCUUCUUCUUUCCAGCCCUAUCCGUCUUUACAUUUGGGCUGCGGGCCUAUGGCAGGCUGAGUACCCGCCAAUGGGGCCUAGAUGACUGGUUAUGCGGCCUGGCUGUGCUUUUCGCCGUCUUGAUGACACCGCCCUUCUUUAUGUUCAUCAAACUGGGCUACUUCGGAUGGAGAGCCGUCGACGUCCCCAAAGACCAUGACAUGAAGGCGGCUUUGUGGUGGAACUUCCUGGUGCAGAUGUUCUACAACCCGGUCCUGGCCCUCGUCAAGGCCUCGGUCCUGGUGUUUCUGCUGCGCCUGGGCGGACAGAAGCAAGGGGUCCGGCUCGCCAUCCACGGGCUCAACGUCUUCAACGCGUGCCACGCCGUCGCCAUCUUCUUCGCCGCGCUGCUCCAGUGCCUCCCGAUCGAGGCCAACUGGGACUUCUCCCUGCGGGCCGAGCCGGAGACCAAGUGCAUCGGCAACUCGUUCCACGUCAUCGCGUCGUGUCUGACCAUCUUCUCGGAUGUCCUGGUCCUCGCGUUGCCCUUUUGGAUCUUCUUGGGCCUCAGGAUGCCCAUGGCUGCGAAGAUGGCCGUCAUCGGGGUCUUCCUGAUGGGUAUCAUCGUUACCGUCGUUGCGGUCAUUCGCGUCGUUCAGAUCUACAAACUCUUCUUUGUCCAGCCGCCACCGGGGACCGACAACUACCACGACAUCGGCUUGACAACCUCGACCAUCGAGGUCAACCUGGCCAUCUUUUCCGCCUGCGUGCCGGCGCUGCGCCCUCUCUUCCGCCGGUGGAUGCCGAAGCUGUUUGGCGGCGGCACGACUGACAAGAAGAGCGCCAGGACGGACUACUACGAUGGCUACGCGACGGGGUCUCGACAAAAACACGCGGGCGCCCAGGGCGAGGACGACAUCAUCCUGAGGGAGAUGAGGUCAAAGGGCCAUCGCGCCGAGAUCCGGAGCGUCUCGCCCACGGGCUCCGAGGAGGGGAUCAUGGCGUACAACGGCAUUGUGAGGACGACGAACGUCAAGGUUCACUACGAGUCUCACGGCAGCGUUGAUGGUUCGCGGUCGUCUACCGAUUUUAAGAGCAGCGAAGUCCCUGCCAAGGGGGUGUCUUCUGACUGGAAUCGGCUCAACUCGCUGUUCCCGCAAGGCACGUUUCGCGAGUCCCCCAAGUCCCAAUCUCGAUCAGGCUCGCUCAAAGCCCUCAUUCUGUUCGCCAACUGCGUGUGUUAUGAUAAACGGGGUCUGGCUCCACGCAGUCCCGAGCACAACCUUAAUUCCCGGUCGCAGGAUCCCUGA